CAAACAUGGGAUUGUUGUCUUUUCAGAGUCUCCAGAGGCAAUGGUGGCCUUCAUCCAUGCUGUUGUCCUCUCUUUCCUGCUGGCUACCGGCGGACGGAGCUACGAAGCUGCCGGACUUGGUUGCCACCUUCGCUCCUUCAACGUAACCAUCAAGAGCGACCGCCGCGGGACGUGCCGCAACACCCACACCCUCCAGGCCUGCGUCGGCUAUUGCGAGUCCAGUGCCUUCCCUUCCAAGUACUCUGUCCUCUUGGCCAGUGGCUUCCAGCACAACGUCACCUCCGUGUCCCAGUGCUGCACCAUCACCAAAAUGCAAAAGGUCAAGGUGCGGCUGCGUUGCGGGGAGAGCUGGCGCGAGACCGUGGAGAUCUUCACCGCCAAGGCCUGCCAAUGCGACAUGUGCCGCCUCUCCAGAUAUUAGCAGGUUGGCACGACCAGUCCCCGUGCCAAUGCUUGCAAGCUUCGAGUACCAACCUUUGCCACUAUAACUUCGCCAGCCUCUUCUUCCUUUCCCCAAUUCCACCUCCGUUGAGGUUGCAAGCUUGGUUUUGGCUGCUCCGGAUACCAGAGCAAGAAAAGCAACGGAUUCAGAUUAUACACACACGCACAAAAGAUGACAUCUAAACUUUAGGAAGAGCUUCUGGAAUGCAAGAGCUGUUUGGGGCCUCAUUCCCACUACUUUUUAAACUGGAUAAUGAUUUGGUUUGAACGGGUUCAAAUGAUCCUGGUUUCCAUUUGAAUCGAAUUACCAAAGUGGUUUGGCGAGGGGGCCUAUGGCUAGACCUAUUUAACCUGUGUCUUUUUGACACAGGUGUUUUUCCGCAUCUUUUUGGAUAAAUCAAUUCUGUGCAAGUGUGCAAACCAGAUGCGGGGAUCGGAAUCGGUUUAAAUUUGCCCUUCGGCCAGCUGGAGCGGGUCUAUUUUGAACCAAUUUGUUCUUGAAUGGGAAC